UCCAGUUUUUCACCUUCAUCUCUCUCACUCUCUUGCUUUCGACCUCUGCGAAGCAGACUCACCCUCUACCACUCAAACAUGGCUUACUGUGGACCAUCCUUUGCAGUUCCCUCCUAUGCCUCCGCUCCAGCCGUUGGCUUCGGAUCAGCAGGUCUCGGCUAUGGCGGCCUCCAUUCCGGCACAUUAAUCGGAGCCGGGUCACCAUCUUUUGCAGUUCCCUCCUGUGCCUCCACUCCAGCCAUUGGCUUCGGAUCAGCAGGUCUUGGCUAUGGUGGCCACCACUCUGGCACAUUAAUCGGAGCCGGGUCACCAUCCUUUGCAGUACCCUCCGUGGCCUCUGCUCCCGUUGUUGGCUUUGGAUCAGCAAGUCUUGGCCAUAACAUUGGGGUACCCUCCGCUAGCCUGGGCAUCCUCUCAGGGGUCAGUCCUUCCGCCAUCAACCAGAUCCCACCUGCAGAAGUCGUGGUCCAGCCACCACCUGUCGUCAUGACCCUCCCCGGACCCAUCCUCUCUGCUACCGGGGAACCCGUUUCUGUGGGAGGCAACACUCCAUGUGCUGUUAGUUACGGUGGAUCCAGCAGUGGGCUUUUGGGAGGCAGUGCUCUUUAUGGUGGAUUCAGCAGAGGGCUCACUGGAGGUAGUUUUGGGGCUCUUGGAGGCCAUUUGGGGAGCUAUGGGGGCCGCAGAGGCAGUCUCAUCCUGGGGCGCCGAGGCAGUACCUGCCUGGCCCCUCACUAAAUUCUCAAGGACUGUGUCAAUCAAAUUCGGAGCAACCCCCUGAUGUAAUAGCCUGGACUGCACAAUGAUCGGUUGAACACCCUCCACGUGCGGAGUGCUCUCCAGCUUGGGAGAUCUCAGUGUCUCUUCGUCUCGGGGCCAGACAUCGUUUCCUGUCUCUUUGUCUAUGGAAGAUGUCCCAUUCUGUAAAUGCUUUGUCCCGUUUAAAACCUGCCUCAUUGUAAAAAUUGUUCACAUGAAUAAUUUCUUCUGUUUCCUAAUAAAGCUUAC